GCCCUUGCGUUUCUCCCCCUAACUCAAGUUUGACCUACAGCCACCGGGAGAAGAUGGCCGUCCCAGCAGUGUCCGGGCUGUCCCGGCAGGUGCGAUGCUUUAGUAUGACUGUCGUCAGGCCGUUUUCCAAGCUCGUGCGGCCACCUGUUCAGGUAUAUGGUAUCGAAGGUCGCUAUGCCACUGCUCUUUAUUCUGCUGCAUCUAAACAGAAUAAACUGGAACAAGUAGAGAAAGAAUUGUUGAGAGUAUCACAAAUCUUGAAGGAACCCAAAAUGGCUGCUUCCAUUAUGAAUCCCUAUAUAAAGCGUUCCGUGAAAAUGAAAAACCUAAAUGACGUGAGCACAAAAGAGAGGUUCUCUCCUAUCACAUCCAACCUGAUCAAUUUGCUUGCUGAGAAUGGUCGCUUGGACAAUACCCCUGGAGUCAUUUCUGCCUUUUCGACCAUGAUGAGCGUCCACCGUGGAGAAGUACCGUGCACAGUGACCACUGCAUCUCCUUUAGAUGAAGCCACUCUUACUGAAUUAAAAACAGUCCUGAAGAGCUUCCUAAGUAAAGGCCAAGUCUUGAAAUUGGAAGUUAAGACUGACCCAUCAAUCAUGGGUGGAAUGAUUGUCCGUAUUGGAGAGAGAUACGCCGAUAUGUCUGCAAAAACCAAGAUUCAGAAGCUCAGCAGGGCCAUGCGGGAAGUUUUCUGAAAGUGUUGAUUUUGUCAGUGAAAAUUCCUAAACUUGGAGCAACAAUAAAAUGCUUCCUGAACAGAA